AAUUGUUGAUACAAUAAUAUUGAGGAAACAACAAUUUUUACUUCAUUUAAUUCUAAACCUCAUCUCUUUUCCUCCUUCAACUUAUUGGUGAAAUUUAAAUCAAUUUAUAUAAUUUGUGUUCAUCUGAGUCUGGUUUGACCCUAGGAUGAGCUUUUUUGGUAACGCAAAAUGUAAACAGAUUAAUACAAAAAUCAAAUCAAUUCUCAACAGUAGUGGUAAUAAUGGUGGUGGAGGCGGUGUUGUUAAUGGUUCCAAUGAUGUGAGUAAUGGAAGCACUUUUAUUGGUCCUGAUGGUGUCAGAGUGGAUGAAGAAGGUUAUAUUAUAAGAAAUGAUGUCCCCAGCCGUAAAGAUGAAGAUGAUCAUUUUUAUUCAAGUUCAGAUGAUGACUCUGAAGAUGAAAAGCAAGAGAAAAGAUUUAAAUUCGAAAUUAAACCGGCCAAUUUGACAAAUGGUGGACCAAGUGUUGCCGAGCUUCAGAAAACUGUUAAAGGUCUUUCAAUAUCGCCAUCAUUACAACAGGGGGUAAGAAUGUACAAUGGUUCGUCGAGUUUAUCCAAAAGUAUAUCAAGUAAUUCUAUCAUGGAUACACCUCCACCUAUGUCCAUUCCACGUCCUCCUACUAAGCGAAGUUUGAUGUCACCCUCUAUAUCUCAUCCAAACAAUAUAACUCGGUGUAAGAGUUAUGGUAGCCUUUCAAGUGAUUUAAGGAUGACUCCGGUGUCAGUAAACUCAUCCAGAGGACCUUCGCCAUUGACACUUGGAUUGACAAAUGUGAUUCCCAUUGCUGUAGCGAUUCAAGAGUGCAUCUCAGCUCGUUUUAAGGGUUCUGAUGAAUCAAAGUGCAAAAUCCAGAUUAUUGGAAGUCUCAAGAUUGCUUUUCCUUCCGGCAUUAUUCAAGUUUUUGCUAACAAUACUUGUCCAGCCUUAUUAUCAUUUAAACUUACGAAUAGCUCUAGAUUCGAGCGAUUGAUCCCGAACAAAGAUAUUGUGAUGCAAAAUAAAAACAUCGAGAACGGUAUCAAAACAGAUACAUAUUCUUUCGAUAUGAAUAUGGUUGGAUUAACUAAUCAUUUGAGGAAACUAAGUGAACAAUCACCCAAUAGUCGAUAUUUUAACGCAGAAAUAUUGAAAUAUCAAUUAAAAGCUAGGGGGGCUACUUUUUGCCCUCUUCAAGUUGUCUCUCAUUGGAAAUGUGAACCAUCAACCACUGGAUUGAAAGUGGACUACAAAUAUAAUGCCUGUGCAUUAUCUUCAAUCCAACCUUUAAAGAAUGUUACUUUUAGCGUUAAUGUUGAUGGUGGGGUCAAAUCACAUAAAACUACGCCCAAUGCUUCAUGGAAUGAAGAGAAAAAAGAAAUUUCCUGGAAGUUCGAUGAAAUCUCGAUAGACUCGGAAGGAAAAGGGCUGGGAUCUUUAAAGGCUAAAUUUGAUGUAACAGAUGGCCCUUCAACCCCAGGAUCUGUCAGUGUUCAAUUUAAUGGAAAUUCAACAACCUUCUCUGGCGUAGAGUUUUUAUUGAAUUGCAUUGGAUACAGAAUAUCAUUAAUGAAGAAACAAAUCUCGACAGGUCGUUAUUUAAGUGAAGCAGAUUCGUCAGUAAGCUAUGCAUGCAUCUAGGCCAUGAGAUGAAUCGUCAAUUUGAUUGUUAUUCGAUUUCACUUGUCCCUGUCUUCUCCCACUUUCUACUUUUCCUCUCCCCCAACCUCCCUCUUACUUCCUCCUUUUACCCUUUACAUUCUUGAUGUUUUACUUCCAAUAUAGUGCCUCAUCCUUUCAUCUAUCUUUUUCAUUUCUGCCUCCUCUCGAACUCUUUCAAUCUCUCUCUCUCCCACUCUAACAAAUCAAUUUUCACGCCUUCUCAUUAUUUUCUCAAUAUCUUUCACUUUCUAUCCCCCUUUCUCUCUCUAUCUCGCUAUACCUAAUCUAUUCUUCGGUUAAAUUAAUAGUAUUUAUUUUAGCACAUAUUGCAUACCAGAUAUAAUAUUUGAGCCAAAAUCGACGUCCAAAAUAGGCGACUAUUUGUAAAACAUAAUCAUGUUUUCUUUGCAGAAUGAUGCUCAUAGAUCUGCCUUGUUAAUAAGGAAAUUGUAACAUCAUUUGCAAAACAAGAUCAGUUACUUUUCUUUUUCACUUCUCACUUUCACCAAUCAAAUGAAUAUUUUCCUCCCCCAACCUUCUCACUACUACCUUCCUCUACCUUUCUUUAUAUAUAUAUCUCUCACUCAAGUAUGACGACAAAGUCGAAUUUGAUACAUACAAUUAAAAAAAAGAAGGAGAGAAAAAUUAUCUACAAGUAAUUUAAUAAAUUUCUUAUCUAUCGCCUACUUUUAUUGUCAAUUUUACAAUGUACAAUGUUAAUUUAAUUUUAAUUUUAACUAAUAAUUUGUAAGGUUAAUCUGCAAAAGUCAAUUGAUUGUAUAACUUUUUACUCUCUUUCCCUUUCUCUCUAUCGCUUCCACCCCACACUUUGCUUCCUAUUUUGCUUUCUGUCCAUUAUUUUCACUUGUAAAUGGUUAUGUAUUUGUAAUGAUGAUAACAUGGACUGAAUCUGAUACGAAUUGUUUAAAGAAAAAUACAAAUUUGUACGAUUAUGCCUUAACAAAGUAAAUUUAUCAAAUUGCAUAUCACA